AUGUGUACUGGUUGUUAUAAAAGUUUAUCUAUUGAACUUUAUCUUCACUAUAAGAUAGAAACUGCUAAUGAAAUUACAAAGAAAAAUUCCGAUUUAGACGAAUAUUCUUGGAAUUUUCAUCAAGAAUAUGAAUUUCUGUUCUCAACGAACAAAUCUCCAGAUCUUAAUCGUCAACGUGAUACAUCAUCAAGGCAACGAUUUGAAUGCAAUAGAACGCUUAGUAUUACUAUUGAUAUAACGGUAAAAGAUCUUUCAAGUUCACAGACAACUUCACCCUUCUCCUUCAAACCAUUCUGUACCAGAUUUUAA